CGGCAAGGAAACCCAACCAAGCCGACAGCCUUCCCUUUGAAAGACCAGUAAGGCUUCUUGAAAUUUUCCCUCCUUUCUUGCUCAAGAACCAAGUUUCAAGCUUAGAACUCUCUCUCUCAACCCAGAAAUUCCAGAUCUGCUCUGCAUCUUCCUCCCUCUACCGUCCGCGAGCUGCAGCUUGUGCGAAUUCUGGGCAAUUUCUGAUCCCGAAUUUCUCCCCAAAUUGCCGUCGGCUUUCCCUUAGCUUGCAGCUCCGGUUUGCUUGCUGAAAUUCUGAAAGCAAAACUGAGGACGGGGAAACCACGGGAAGUGACGAGUUAGAAGGCUAGCCAUCUUGUAAAUUGAACAUGAAUUUUAGAUGUAGAUCAAGAUCUUGUAAGCUAAACUUUAUUGGAGAUUUUAUGAUAUCAGAGAAAAUUUUAAAAUAUUAUCUUCAGAUUUUGUGGUAUCAAAUGUGAAUUGGAUAAGUUCUGAGCCUUGUGCAUUUGUGGGACCUUCUCACGAGUGCAUGGCGUUUGUCACGCCUCGUAUUCGGGUUCUGGGACGUGACACCGACAGUGAAAUUUGCUCUCUCUUUAUCAAGUCAACUACUGGGACUUUCCAUGCAUGUGCCAACCUCAAUUGCAAUACACCCCAGCUUAUAAGCCCACCACUUACUCUCAAAGGAGGCCACACUUUGUUGAGGCAAGCAUUCCCAUUUAUGAAUAGGUCAAGACAGUUCACUAAGCUUCCAAUCCCUUAUGGUGAGGCAUUGAAACAAUUAGUUGUAGUGGGUUUAUUGGAGACAAUGCAAGCGAAUCCUAUUCAACCACCUUAUCCAUACUGGUAUGAUCCACAAACUAGGUGCAAAUAUCACAAUGUGGUGGGUCAUGAUACUGAAUACUGUGCAACUUUGAAAAUAAAAAUUCAAGAUCUUAUUGAUGAGGGUAAACUUCAGUUUGAUGUUAAUGAAGUUGAGAGCACUUCGAACAUCACUCGAAAUCCUUUACCCCCUCAUGAUGUAGGCACAAUGAAUAUGGUCACCCUUGAUGAAGUUGAAAAGCUCGUGUUGGAGAAUGCCAGUUUUUGGUCUCUUAAUGAAUUGUUUGUCAUUUUGACAAAGUAUGAUUUGAUUCAACCGAUUGCACAAAUGAGCUUGAAUGUUUCACCUGCGACAAUUGAUGAUGCCUUGGUGUGUCCUUACCACUCCAAUAUGAAGGGUCAUACUUUGCAAGAUUGUGAAGAUUUUCAGAGAAAGGGUAAAGAGUUGCAAGUAAUGAGAUCUUUGAAGUUUAUGUCUGCUCAAGUGUCAGAAAGAUGUAUAGCACAGUUUGAGGAGGUGGUUGUGGAAGAUAUCACUGAUGAGAUCUAUUCUGAUCAUGAGGAAGAUAGUUUUGCUUCAACAACCUAUUUGGGCCGACCAACAUGACAAAUCUUAAGGAAAGGUGGAGGAAGAUACUCGUUGAAAGGGCAUCUAUGGAGAAGCACCCCAACUUCCAUCUUGCGGAAGCUCCAAUGGGUUCACACAAGUCUAUGCCUCUUGACUUACUGAAAGAAGAAUCACUAUGGGAAAUUUGACUAUGAAUGCUCUAGACAAGGAAGGACUAGAAUUUGAUAGCGGAGUUUCACUAGUCAAUGGAAGCUCUAAGCCUAAUUGGACAACAGAACUUCUCCAUGUAGCUUUCAUCUCUGAGUAAAAAGAGUCAGCCUCU